AUGCUGCACUCAUCCAACACAUGUAUACAACUGUUUUUCUCCACCUUUCACAUAUUGUGGGGUGCAGGUUCCAUUUUUUUUUUUUGUAUUGCUUUACCGAAGAAGCCAAUGUCAAGGGAACUAGCUGUGGUUGUGCUUGGGGCCACCGGCUACACGGGCCAGCUGGUCUGCGAGUAUCUCGCGGGUCUGGGUCGCAGUGUCGUCGGUCCUUGGGCGAUUGCAGGCCGCAGCGAAGCGAAACUCAACAAGCUGAGGAGCGAACUGGGUGGGAACGUCUCCGUUCUCGCCGCAGACUUCAGCGACGCCAGCUCUCUGGACAAUGUCUGCUCCCGCACCAGCGUGCUCAUUUCUUGUGCCGGCCCCUUUACGCAGGUGGGGAUGCCUGUUGUGGAG